UCAUUUCGGAGCUGCGUAGCGGUUGUCAGGUUGAACAGCAGCGUCUACGGGGUAUAAAAAGAGAGAAAUUGAUGCUAAUAACACCCCGCCCUCAGCCCAAUGGAAGCGGCCGUCAACCCACCUCAAGACAGCUCUCUGCUUGGGUUGUCGAGUAGCAUGUUGGACCAGCACUGCAGUUCAGGAAAACGCAUUCGCAAGCCCUCCCUUCUAUAUGAGGACUUUGAGAGUCCCUCCUUGCCACAUACGAUGACCCAGGCCACCCCUGCCCCUCCCCAGCCUCCGGUGAAGGACCCCAGCCGACCAGGCCGCAUCACCAACCAGCUGCAGUACCUUCAGAAAACCCUGAUUAAGUGUUUGUGGAGACACCACUUUGCUUGGCCGUUCCACGAGCCUGUGGAUGCCUACAGGCUAAACCUGCCGGAUUAUUAUAAAAUCAUUAAACAGCCCAUGGACAUGGGGACGAUAAAGAAGCGUUUGGAAAAUAACUUUUACCAAACUGCUGGAGAGUGCAUACAGGACUUCAACACAAUGUUUACUAACUGCUACAUCUACAACAAGCCUACAGAUGAUAUUGUGCUGAUGGCUCAGUCCUUGGAGAAGAUCUUCCUGCAGAAAGUGGCUCAGAUGCCCCAAGAGGAAGUUGAGCUCCCUCCUCCUGCUCCUCGGAACAAGAACAGCAGAGGAAGAGGUCGGAAGUCUAACAGUGAGUUAGCAUCACGGGCCCAGCAGGUGCCAGCGGUGUCCCAGUCCGCCUACUCACCUUCCUCCUCCGAUACAGGAGAUUCCAUGUUGGCUAACUCUCCUCAGACCGUUCUAACCAAAAGUCUGCUUCCAGCUAACAUCAUGGGUCUGCCUCCUACACAGCCUACAACUAAGAAAAAAGGAGUUAAGCGUAAAGCAGAUACUACCACCCCCUCUACCUUGGGUUUUACUGUUGGCAUGUCAGGAUCAACGCACAUGGUGGGCUUGGGGAAAGGAGGACAUGGGGGCCAAGUUCAUGACAGCUCCAUGCACACCGUCUCCUCCAUGGGAGGCAUGAACCUGGAGACCCCACCUGGAAUGGGCCUGGUUAGAAGCUCCGGUGGUCCCGUGCUCCUGCAGCCAAUGAUGGCGACCGGUCGCAGGGUGGGCAGUGGACGUCCUAUCAAACCCCCAAAGAAGGACCUGCCUGAUUCCGUUCAGCCUCAGCUCUCCAAGAAAGGCAAACUGAGUCCACAGCUGAGAUACUGCAGCGGGCUACUGAAAGAGAUGCUGUCAAAGAAACAUGCAGCUUAUGCAUGGCCCUUCUACACUCCGGUAGACGCUACAGCGCUUGGACUUCAUGACUACCAUGAUAUCAUCAAGUGUCCCAUGGACCUCAGCACCAUCAAGAGGAAGAUGGACUGCCGUGAGUACCGGGAUGCCCAACACUUUGCCAGCGAUAUCAGACUCAUGUUCUCCAACUGCUACAAGUACAAUCCACCGGAUCACGAUGUUGUAGCGAUGGCGAGGAAGCUGCAGGAUGUUUUUGAGUUCCGUUUUGCCAAGAUGCCGGACGAACCGCAAAUGGAACACACAGCCAUGUCUGUAAUUGGACAUCAAACAUCGUCUUCGUCCUCCUCAUCCUCCUCCUCGUCCUCCUCAUCCUCCACCUCUGAGAGUGACCCCACCAGUGAGAGUGAGGAAAGCGAGAGCAGCCUAAGCUCCGAUAGCGAGGAGGAGCGAGCACAUCGCUUGGCUGAGUUACAGGAUCAGGUGUGUACACAACUCAGGGCCGUGCAUGAGCAGCUGGCUGCUCUGUCCCAAGGCCCUAUCGUCAAGCCCAAGAAAAAGAGGGAGAAAAAGGAGAAGAAAGAGAAGAAGAAAAAGAAGAAGAUUGAAAAGCGUAGCCGAGGCGUCAGAAGCAGAGCGGGCUCUGAGGAAUGGAAGGUGCCUGGAAAGAUGCUAAAGAGUAAAUCUGCCAGAGCUGGUGUUUCACAAGCAAAGAGAGCACAGACAAAGAAAAGCAAUAAAAACAACAAAAACACAAAAAAACCUUUCUACCCUCCUCUUCCUACUUCCAUGCUUCCCCACUACGACUCAGAGGAAGAGGAAGAGAUCGUCCCAAUGACGUAUGAUGAGAAGCGUCAGCUCAGCCUAGACAUCAACAAGCUACCGGGUGAGAAGCUCGGCCGUGUGGUUCACAUCAUUCAGUCGAGGGAGCCGUCUCUGAGGGACACCAACCCGGAGGAGAUUGAGAUCGACUUUGAAACCCUGAAGCCGUCGACGCUGAAGGAGCUGGAGCGCUACGUCAUGACCUGUCUGAGGAAGAAGCCCCGUAAGCCUUACGGUGAGCAAGAAGUGAAGAAUAAAGGCAGCAUGUCCAAAGAGGAGCUGACUCUGGAAAAGAGGAGAGAGCUGGAGAGGAGGCUGCAGGAUGUCAGCGGACAGCUCAACUCGGUCAAAAAACCCACCAAACCUAAAGUGGAAAAGCCCAACGCUGUGGAGACACACAACCAGCCGUCACGCCUCAGUGGCAGCAGCUCCAGCUCGGACUCCUCCUCCUCCUCUUCUUCCUCCUCGUCAUCGGACACAAGUGAUUCUGACUCCACUUGAGUUAAUAAACAAAAGCCUAAAACAAAAACAACGUUAAUAACUCAGGGACCUUGGCUGGCCCAGGACAGAAUCCACCCUGAAAAUUUUUUUGUUUGUUUGUUUGUUUUUUGACUGAGAAAUCCGCUAAAUUUGUUGUGAAUGUGGGACGAAAAGAUGCAAAAGGCCUUGGUUUCCUCUUUCCCCAACUGUGUAAAUAACUGUAAAAAUUUAUGUUUCUUUUAUAAAGAAGAUUUUUACUAUCCCCAAAGAGGGAGGAGCUACUUAAAAAGUAAUUUGGAAAGACGGGCCUUACUCCAGAUCUGCUAUUGGCUGGCACUUAAGUUUAUCCCGGAGAGAUGAACAACUUUUUUUUUUUUUUUCCCCCACAUCCUCUCAAACAAGCAGUUUAAAACCAGCAAACUUUUAGUCACAUGCCUUAGUUCUCUCACAUUUAGUAUUAGUUUCAGCUUGAAGGCCAGCUCUAAGGUUGUUAAAUGUUGAACGUAUAUGUUAACAGAGAUUUGAGCUGCCUUCUCAUGUUCUAAGCCGAACAACGUUUUAGUGGCAAUUAAAAGCAGCCAUGUAGUGCUUUUCAUAUUUAUUGUUAACCUGAAGUUGAUUAGAGUUAAAGUUUGAAAGCACGAUUUGUUCCUUCCUGUGUUAUUGUGACAUUACUGCUGUAGUCAGUUUUCAAUCCUGUACAGUAGUGGGUUUAUAUUGCUGUAUAGAAUAAGUUUGACAUACUGUAAUUGCAAAGUAUAGCAGCAAGUUGCACAUAAUUCAGAUUUGACUAAUUCAGUAACUGUACUCCUCAAACCUUAUUUAGACUUAUUUUCAUUGAAUGACACUAACUUAAAAACUGUAAAAGAAACAUCUUUGGUGCUUUUUUUUUUCUGUUUCAGCCUCUGACAUGUUGUAUUUAUUACACUCAUCUUAACACUAAAACAUUUUUUUUUCAAAGAACUACUUUGGUUGCAAUGCAGGUAUUGAAAAGUGUGGCUGCUAAAAAAAAUCCUCCUUAAAUCCCAAGUUUCUCCUUUAUAAGAAAGGAAUCCUAAAACUAAAAAUCUUUGAGCCUGCUGUUGAAUAUUCAUUAAAAGAAAUGCUUGUAUAAAAUACUUAAACUGUAUUUGCUGUUGCACAAAGUAAUGUAUUUCUGCUUUUUUCAACUAUUUUCCCUUUUUACAUGUUAAUAUCAUUCCAGUAGUUGUUUACACUUAAGGCUGCUGCCUCCUGUAAAGCUGAUUACUUACUUGGAGAAAAAACUCUCACUGGACUGUAAAUUACAACCAAUAAUCUCUUCUGUAGGACUAAUGUGAGUUUUGUGUCUCUGUUUGACAUUUCUAGUUUGUAUUAAAAACCCAUUGUGCUGGAGA